CGAUCAUGGCCACGUGUGACAGCAGAGUGAGUGCGUUUUCAUGGGGCAAAGCUUUACUUCUGCUCCUAUGGAUGGUACAGCUUGCUCAGGCCGAACCCAAUGCGGCCUGCAAGAACUUUCCCUCAAAAGAGAAGUAUGACGGAGAUGAUCAGUGCUGCAUUAUGCCGCGCGUUUUUACCAACGAAACCGUAGAACAGUGUGCUAGUGGCAUGGAGCAGUCAGACAAACCGCAGUUGCAGAAAAGCUGCGAGUUCGCGUCCUGCGUCAUGAAGAAGCACAAGCUGCUCAAGUCUGACGGUCGCUUUGAUCUGGAUCAGUUGCGAUCGCUUAUUAAGGAUUCUCUGGAAGCGUCAUCGGAGUGGAAGAGCCUGAUGGAACGGGUGGUGCUGGACGAGUGUCUCCCGAUGGUUCAGAAAGAUUCACCCAACGUCAUGAAGGAGCUUAAAUCCAGCCUCGGGGAUUGUGAUCCGGUUCCGGCGAUGCUUGUGGCCUGUUCGGCCGCCAAAUUGUUCACGAAAUGUCCCUCUAAGGAUUGGUCCGGAAGUGCGCAGUGCAACGAAUGGAAGACGUACUUCUCCAAGUGCUCCAGCUCGGUGGAAGAUCUGAAUGAAAUGUUCAACCAGAUUGAGUCGCAAAAAUUGACCAACAGGCGUUAG